CAGAGCAGAGCAGAGCAGAGCAGAGCAGAGCAGAGCAGAGCAGAGCAGAGCAGAGCAGAGCAGAGCAGAGCAGAGCAGAGCAGAGCAGAGCAGAGCAGAGCAGAGCAGAGCAGAGCAGAGCAGAGCAGAGCAGAGCAGAGCAGAGCAGAGCAGAGCAGAGCAGAGCAGAGCAGAGCAGAGCAGAGCAGAGCAGAGCAGAGCAGAGCAGAGCAGAGCAGAGCAGAGCAGAGCAGAGCAAAGCAGAGCAGAGCAGAGCAGAGCAGAGCAGAGCAGAGGAAGGAAAAAUGGGAGCAGGAGAUGGGAGUGACAACUAGCAAAGGGGGAAGAGAGAGGGGAAGCGCAGAGCAGAGCAGAGCAGAGCAGAGCAGAGCAGAGCAGAGCAGAGCAGAGCAGAGCAGAGCAGAGCAGAGCAGAGCAGAGCAGAGCAGAGCAGAGCAG